UUUUUCUGAGUCCUUCCAAUUUUUUUUCAGAUAAUAAUAUCCACCACUGCAUCCAAGUUGCGCUGACAGACUUCCCUGUCAGCUCCGAGGGAAUGACCAGAAUCUAAUGCGAGCCUUCUGACUCCUGGAUCUGUUUAGAUGCGUGCCCUAUAUUUUUAAGUCAUUGUGGAGUGUUUUCCUUUGAAAGAUUGUUUGCAACAAAAGAUGCCUGGGAUCAUGUCAUCCAGCAGCACAUCGUCGCCCAACUCCGGCUCUCUUCCCCCCUCCUCCUCCUCCUCAGCCGUCUCCUCCUCAGCCUCCUCCUCCUCCUCCUCCUCAGCCUCCUGCUCCUCGGCUUGCUGCUGCAGCCGCUCCACUUUCUGCAAGAACUACGACCUGGAGUACGACUCCUACCAGCCCUACUUCUACCCGGACGACUACGGCCCCGAGGCUGACUUCUACCCGCCGAGUGAGGACAUCUGGAAGAAGUUCGAGCUGCUGCCCACGCCCCCGCUCUCCCCCAGCCGUGUGGGCUGGUGCGGGGCCGCGGCUCCCGGGGACGAGGACUGGGUGUCCGAGCUGCUGCUGCUGCAGGAGGAUGAGUGCGGCGAGGACGGUCCGCUGGCCGCCGAGCCGGGCGUUGCUGCGGCCAGGGGCGGAGGGGCGGUGGUGGCGGGGGGCGGCGGAGGAGCGAGUGGUGGAGCCGGAGGUUGCACCGGCACCGUUGUGGGGGUCGCCGGCAGCGGCAGCAGCAAGAACCUGCUCAACGCCAUCGUCCUGCAGGACUGCAUGUGGAGCGGCUUCUCGGCCCGGGAGAAGCUGGAGAAGGUGGUGACCGAGAAGCUGUACGCGGCGCAGCAGGACAAAGCUGCCAGCCCUGGGGGAGCUGGUGCAAUGGGCACCCUCUCCGCUGCUGCUGCUGUGGCCGGGGCAGCCCCCACCUCUUGUUGCCCCGCAGACGCGGCGGGCGGUAGCAGCAGCAACAGCGGCAGCGGCAGCGGCAUCAGCAACACCGCCCUGUGUGCCCAGGGACCGGGCAGCAGGCACUCCAGCCAUGGCGAGCUGCAACACCCCGCCACCCAGUGUGUCGACCCAGCCGUGGUCUUCCCCUUCCCGCUGAACCGAGGCGCGGCUUCCCGGGGAGGGGCGGCACCCGAGCCCGCCUCUUCGCUCGCCAGCUCCGGCAACGAGACCCCCAGCGAUUCCGAGGAGGAGGAAGAUGAUGAUGAGGAGGAAGAGGAGGAGGAAGAAGAAGAAGAAGAAGAGGAGGAGGAGGAGGAGGAAGAGGAUGAGGAGGACGAGGAUGAGGAGGAUGAGGAAGAGGAAGAGGAAGAAAUCGAUGUGGUUACUGUGGAAAAGCGCCGGUCAUCCUCCAGCAAGCAUGUGACCACCCUGACUGUGACUGUCCGCUCCCACAGCUCUGGCUGCGGCUCCACGAAGACCCACAACGCCUCUCUGUUGAAGAGGUGCGCCCCCAUUCAUCAGCAGCACAACUACGCCGCACCUUCGCCCUACACAGAGUGCGACGAGAUGCCGCCCCUGAAGAAGGUGAAGAGUGAGGCCAUCCGCCUGGCCAAGCAGGUGCCCCCCCCCAGAUCCAAGAGCGCCAGCCCCCGCGGCUCUGACUCCGAGGACAACGAGCGGCGGCGCACUCACAACAUCCUGGAGCGCCAGCGGAGGAAUGACCUGCGCUCCAGCUUCCUCACCUUGCGGGACCAGAUACCUGAGCUGGUGAAAAACGACAAGGCAGCAAAGGUUAUCAUCCUGAAAAAAGCCACAGACUAUGUGCGGGCUCUCCAGUCUGAAGAGCAGAAACUGUUGUCAGAGAAAGAGAAACUGAAAGCCAAGCAGCAGGUGCUGGUAAAGAGACUGGAAGAAAUAAGGACUCGCUAGGCUGAGGGAGGCAGCCCCAACUGGUUGAAUGCCACUUUUGCACAUUUUAGACGUCAAGAAUGUUUCAGAAUUUUUUUCCUGGGUUUUCAAUCCAGCCGCAUUCAAACAUGGACAAAAUACUUCUAGAGCCGUAGAGGUACAUGUAUGUGUGAAUGGAAAUCAUUUCAAAACCAAUGUAAAUACCAGUUUAACAAUCGCCUUUUUCAUGUGAUGGUCUGGGUUAAAAGAAAAAAAAAGCCACAGCCUAUGCUGCCGUUUUUGGACUGGAAUUUUAUACAGAAUAAUACCUCAACGUUUGAGGAGCAUGAAUUUUUCCUAUAAAGACUUCUUGUUAAUCCUUGUUAUGUACUGUACUAAUUCUUACACUGCCUGUAUCCUUAGUGUGAUGCUGAUACAUGACUAAAUUUGAUACCUAUAUUUUCGUAUGAAAAUGAGUUGUGAAAGGUUUGAGUAGAUAUUACUUUAUCACUUUUGACUAAAAUUUCUUUUGUACAGAAAUUACUAUAUAUGCCUUUUACCUAGCCUCUCUCUGUUUGUGUUGCUGUUGGGUUCCUAGAACUGGGUAAUUGGCUGAGUUAUGUGUUUUUCAUUAUGUACAUAUAGUGCUGCAACUUAUAGCACUUUUGAAAUACCUCAAGUUUAUGAAAAUAAAUCCUAUGAAACUAACUGCC